AUGGCGGCUUACGGUGCUGCGAUUUCUCUCAAGAAUACCAUUCGGUGUCUUCUACAAUCAUCGCGCAUUUCACUAGUUCCUCCCUCUCCACAAGUCAUACAACCCACCUACGAUGCCAUGGUUCGCUUGCAGAAAGUUCUGCUAAAAUUGGAGGACACCGGCUACACCAAGAUCAGGACGAAGGUGAAUUAUUUGGAUGAGCGAAUCAAAGAGGUCGUAUGGGAAUUCGAAGAUUUACUAGAAUCUCAUGUGUACGAACAGAUUCUUCCACGAGUCGAAACUGGGAGAGAUCACUUUUCUUUCCCGGUUGAUCUGCAGAGUCUUAGAAAGAGCGUUGAUUGCUUUGUGGAGAAGGUGGCUGUGAUGGAGGCGGAGUUCGAUAUUGAACUACUCUCUAUGCCUGAAGAAGAAGGUGAACCUCUUUCCUCCAGAAUUGAUUUUGGUGGAAUCGACUCAAACAUGGUUGGAUUAUCCGGUGAAUUUGAAGAAGUAAGGGCUUAUCUUUGUGCAGAAGAUGACAUGAGUUGGUGGUUGCCGGUUAUUGGGAUGGCAGGAGUUGGAAAAACAACAUUUGCUAAGAAAUUAUUUGACGAUCCAUUAGUUAAGAGUCAUUUUGAGCUUCGAGCAUGGGUCAAAGUGGGAAGAAAAUGUGAAUUCCAUGAAAUGGUGCAAUGCAUUCUAGCUCAAGUGGAUCCCAACGCUCACAUCCAAAUGCUUACCCAAGGAGACGAUGGCGACGAUGAGAAAUUAGUUGGACUCUUGCAAGAGAGUUUGAAGGAUAAGAAAUGUCUAAUUGUGUUGGAUGAUGUAUGGAAAUGGGACACACGAGUAAUGGAUACCUUGCUAGAAGAGAAUGUCCGAAUCUUGCUAACAAGCAGGCAAAAUAUUAAAGAAUGUCCAACUAAGGGUACACUACGCUUGUUGACUAAUAAAGAAAGUAAGAAAUUACUUGGCGAGAAGAUGUUUGGUAAAGAGGGUUUCCCUCCUCACCUUGAUGAACUUGGAGAGAAGAUUGCUAAAAAAUGUGAAGGUCUUCCACUUAUGAUAGUUACAGUUGCGGAGCUCCUAUCUAAAGAGGAAACAACCACAGAAAAUUGGACUGAGGUAGCUGAAAAACAACAUAAUUCAGUAUUCGUGGAUGCAUAUGAUCAAAUUGCAGAGGUACUUUACCCAAGCUAUAACUACUUACCUCAAAAUUUGAAGAUGUUAUUUCUGUAUUUGGGAGCUUUCCCUCCAUAUACUGAUAUUCGACCACACAUCGUCUUUAACAUGUUGAGUUCUGAGGGGUUUCUUGAAUCUUUUGGUAGUCAAAUUUUGGAUGAUUUUAUGAAUGGAGAAACUUCUAAUUUUCAUUUGUACGAAUGGGUGGUACACCUUGCUUUCCGGUACUUCCUCGUUCUCUUCAGUGUCACUCUUGAUUAUUGGUUUUCUAAGAAAAUGUUUCGUGUGCAUUCUUGCUGGCAGCACUUUUGUAAGAAAGAAGCAACUAGGAUUAAGUUUUUGCAUGUUUUACAAAGCUACGAUGAUGUUGUGAAAGAUCAACGCCGGUUGUGUGCCCAACACAUGUCUUUAUUUUCCUUGAAAGAAGUGUGUGAAAAAAUAAAAAAUGAUUGUGCAUCCAAUGUACGUUCUCUCCUUUGUCUUGGUCAAUACCACGAAUAUGCGAUGCCAAUACAUGCAAUGGAUUUCAGGUUGCUCAAAGUACUGGAAGCUGGAAGUGUUCGAUUUUAUCGUUUUCCACUAGAAAUUUUCAAACUAAUUUGUCUAAAGUACCUUUGCCUAACCUACAACAAAGAGAUCCCAGUUUCUAUAUCCAACCUUUUUCACCUUCAAUUCUUGACUAUCUAUAAACAUAUGAACAUUAUAAAACUUGGAGCUUUGUCAUGUAUGCCGGUGGAAGUAUGGGACAUGAAAGAACUACAACAUAUUGAGGUAUGGGGAAAAGACCUACCGACCCCUGAUUCUGUUGCUGCAUUGGAUAGACUUUACGCUCUUAUUGGUGUGAGUGAAAAGAGUUGCACAAGAGAAAUUCUCCAGAGAAUCCCUAAUUUAAAGAAAUUAGGAAUUGUGGUACAAUUGCAGCCUUAUGAUGAAGAUGAUGAUAGAAACCUGUUGAGUAACUUGGGUUUUAUAUCAGAGGAACUUCAGAAAUUGGAUACACUUCAAUUUACAGUGAAGUAUCCCGAUAUUAAGCGUGAGUGUAUGGUUCCUCUAUCAAUGUUCUCAUCAAGUUUGACAAUGUUGAAUUUGAGUGGCUUAGGGUGUCCAUGGAAGUACAUGAAUGACAUUGGUACGUUGCUACCAAAUCUUAGUAACCUCAAGUUACAAAACUAUGCCUUUCGAGGCCCAGAGUGGGAUAUAGGAUCUGCUUGUUUUUUGAAACUUGAGACAGUUAUAAUUAUGGACACCAAUUUGGUGCGAUUGAGAACUAUGCACGGAAGUCUCCCAAGGCUCAAACUCCUAAGCCUACACCAUUGCUACAAAUUACAACAACUCGAUUGGACUCGUGGUCCCUCAAUGUUCACCACUACAAUUGAAUUAGUUGAGUGCAAUCCCUUAGCCAUCGCUUCUGCCUAUCAAUUAAGACCUGAAUCUGUCUUUAAGAUUCAUUGGUACUCGUCUUUCUGA